AGCAUCCUGGGAAUUGUAGUGUCCGCUAGAGAACACUCUCUGCGCAGGCGCACACCCACAGCCACUUCCGGGCUCGAGCUCGAGCUGCGCAUGAGAAAGUCCAGGGAGGGAUUUCCAGAGCGACGAUGGCUACCUACAGCCUGGCGAACGAGCGACUACGCGCCCUGGAAGACAUCGAACGGGAAAUCGGCGCCAUCCUUCAGAAUGCAGGUACUGUGAUACUGGAACUGUCCAAGGAGAAAACCAACGAGCGGCUCUUAGACCGGCAGGCGGCGGCCUUCACCGCUUCUGUGCAACACGUGGAGGCGGAGCUGUCGGCCCAGAUCCGCUACCUCACCCAGGUGGCCACAGGACAGCCCCAUGAGGGCUCCAGCUACUCUUCAAGGAAGGACUGUCAGAUGGCUCUGAAGCGAGUGGACUAUGCCCGCCUUAAGCUCAGUGAUGUGGCCCGAACCUGUGAGCAGAUGCUGGAGAGCUAAGCCACAGAGCUGGAUCAAGAACGUAAAGGGAGACCAUCACCUGUACCAUGAGACAGAACCUGGAGACCUAUAGGAUGGAAACCACAGACUGACACAUAUGUGUUCUGCAGAUCCAGAGCACACUAGGACAAAGGGCAAAAGGUGGGUGUGGAGAAACUAAAACCCAAGCCUGCCUACAACUGUGCCUUGGCUUCCCCAGGAGGUGCUCCCGCUUUGUACUUCACAAAUGCACUGCCAGGCUCAGACGGGAGAAGGAGAUGGAGACAUCCAGCCACUUCCUCACAGACUUCAUCCCAUGCCCCAGGCUUCCCUCAGAUCUGGCCCAGUGAAGAUAUAUUCGUCUUCAUCGAAAGAGAUGAAACAAGAACUAAGGGUUUUAAUAAUAAAAAAAGUAACAAAACAAAAAAUUCAA